AUGUUUCUUUCAACUACUCUAGCAGUCCAAGCUUUAGCCAUACUGAGCGUUGUGAGUAGCAUUCAAGCAGCCACUCAUACUGUAAAUGUAGGUGGCCUUACCAGCGGAAAUGCCCUCUCGUUUGACCCAAGCAACAUCAGUAUCUCCCCAGGCGAUUCUGUUUCAUUCAUGUUUAAUGCUGUCCAUACUGCUUCACACGCUUCACUUACCGAUCCUUGCUCUCCUGCAUCACCAUCGGAUUUCAACUUCAAUGGUAGCCCUGGAGCAGUUUUCAAUCAGACCUUUAAUACAGCAGGGACCUUCAACUUUUACUGCAUGCUCCCAGGACAUUGUCAAGCUGGUAUGAAAGGUGUUAUUCUGGUUGGUCAAGGCGUGGCGCAAAGUGGGUCUACAGCUGCUAGUAGCUCACCGACUACAAGUCCAUCUUCCAACUCAGGGGGUGGCAUCUACGGCAGCGUUUCAGGAGCUUCCACAAUACUGGGUACGGCAAAACUGGCAUUGUUAUCUGCAGCCGUUGUGAUGGCUGCUGUCACAUUUUAA